ACAUCUUCUCCAAGGGGCAAAUUGUCACCGACUCCGGGCCACACGAACUCUCGGCCAGCACUCGACCCGCAGUUGUCGCAAUGAGCGGUAUGGAGAAUGAACCGUGGCCACCGGUACCUCCAGACACGACAUGGGAUAACAUGGCAGCAGACGAAGUCCUCGAGGAUCCAUAUCACCCUUUUGCUGUAAAUCAGAACCAACUGUACAAAACCAAGGACGGCACGAAGGUGUAUAAGAUGGGCGGGAUGCAUCGAGCAUACAUCCUGCACAUAGCAGCCGGGGACUGUGCAAUUAAGACUCAUGGGAGAGUACUCAAUAGGGUUCCGGAAGGAACGAUAUAUUUUGACGGCUAUUUCAUGGAAAUGGCAACACCGCUUUCACACGCCACGACCUCAUCGGCAAAUCGCAAGCAGGCCAUUCGGGAGAUGAUCGAGGCUAUCAAGACGCUGCACAACAGACACAUCAUACAUGGCGACGUGAAGCUUGAGAACAUGCUCCUAGACGCUGAAGGCCAUGUCAAACUCUGCGACUUUGAAGAAGGGCUCUUUGAGGACGAGGACGAGGACGUCUGGGAAGGCAGUGUAACGUUGCACUAUUUGUCGCCGAACAGGACUCGUAGAGGGGAUGAUUUGGGCUGUGACGCGCCACCGAGGAAGGAGGAUGAUAUCUACGGCCUGGGCUUGAGUAUCUGGUCACUUUACACGGGCCAGAUUCCCUUCGAGGAAAUCGCACGGGAUGACGUUGCUCUUGCAGAGGUUGUCUUGCCGGGGGGAACGGUGGAUGUCAACUUGAUCGACGAUGAGGAGAUUAGGGAUCUUGUGAAGGGUUACCUGAGGCAGGGGGGAGCUCGCAUUUAGGGAAGAGUUAAAGAAGGGAAAGCGG